CGUAGCAACCGGGUUCCAAGCCAGCGUCUCGCUCAAUAAGUGGCCUUCCCGGGAGUUCUAGUCCCACCACCCGGUCUCGGCUCUUCCCUGUCCACGGUUCUUCCUUGUUGUUUUUGCUUCUUCCCUCCACUAGUUCCGAUCUAACCCAUGGUGUGUGUCCCCGAGCGCUGAGCCAGCUCCUAAAAUGAGUACUUGUGGUUUCCGCGUGGGAACCAACCUCUGGCGCCUCCGGUCUGCCCUCCCCAGGCUGCUGCUAGGGCUGGGGCUGCUCGUGGGGCUCCAGGGCCCGCCCUGCGCUGCUUUCUACCUUCCUGGGUUGGCUCCGGUCAACUUCUGCGAGGCGGACCGAGAGACUGCAGCCUGCAAGUCAUCAAUAGCACUGUUUGUAAACAGACUGGACUCAGUGGAAUCUGUCCUACCGUAUGAAUAUAAUACCUUUGACUUCUGUCAAGACUCUGAAAAGAAAAGUCCUUCUGAAAACCUUGGACAAGUACUAUUUGGAGAACAAAUAACAUCCUCUCCUUAUCAGUUUUCUUUUAACAAGACAGAAACAUGUGUAAAAGUUUGUGUAAAAUCUUAUGAUAUAGCAAAUGAAGACCAAAUGAAAAAGCUAGCUUUUUUGAAGAAAGGAAUAGAACUGAGUUAUCAACAUCACUGGAUUAUUGAUAAUAUGCCAGUAAUAUGGUGUCGUGAUAUGGAAGAUGGACAAAAGUACUGCACACCAGGAUUUCCAAUAGGAUGUUUUAUUACUGAAGGUGGCUUAUCGAAAGAUGCUUGCGUUAUCAAUUCUGAAUUCAAGAAAAAUAAUAGUUUCUACCUCUUCAACCACGUUGAUAUUACUCUUACAUAUCACAGGGAAAGUGAAAGAAAUGGGGGUAUUGCAAGAUUGGUUACUGCUAGACUUGAUCCUAAAAGCUAUAAUCGUUCAGAUGAAAACCACAUAACUUGUGAUGGACCCCCUAUGGAAAUUCCUGGAGAAUAUACAGAUAAGUUGAAUAUAACCUACACUUACUCUGUGAAAUUUGAAGAAAACAAAAGAGUCAAGUGGGCUUCUAGAUGGGAUUAUAUUUUGGAGUCCAUGCCUCAUACCAACAUUCAGUGGUUUAGUAUUAUGAAUUCCUUUUUUAUUGUUCUUUUCUUAUCUGGAAUGGUGGCUACGGUCAUAUUAAGGACUCUCUAUAGAGAUAUUAUCAGAUAUAAUCAGAUGACUUCCUCCGAAGAGGCCCAGGAUGAGUUUGGUUGGAAGCUGGUUCAUGGGGAUGUAUUCAGACCUCCAAGAUACGGAAUGUUGCUGUCAGUUUUCCUGGGUCAAGGAAUACAAGUUUUGAUUAUGACGUUCAUUACUUUAUUUCUGGCCUGCCUUGGUUUUCUUUCCGCUUCCAAACGAGGCGCUUUAAUGACCUGUGCCAUCGUGUUAUGGGUCCUUCUGGGAACUCCUGCUGGAUAUGUGUCUGCUAAAAUGUAUAAGACAUUUAAAGGUGUUAACUGGAAUACAAAUUUUCUGCUGACAGCACUAUUAUGCCCUGGUAUCGUUGUCAUUGACCUCUUCACGAUGAAUAUAAUUCUUUGGGUGGAAGGAUCAUCGGCCGCCAUCUCAUUUGGUACUCUGAUAAGUAUCCUUGCAGUGUGGUUUGGAAUUUCAGUACCACUAACAUUUUUUGGUGCAUACUUCGGAAGCAAGAAAAAGUUUGGGAGUCCAGUUCACAUAAACCAGAUACCCCGUCACGUUCCACUACAGACUUUCUCUACCAAAACACUUUUUGGCAUCAUACUCGGUGGCAUUUUACCUUUUGGCUGUAUUUUUAUUCAACUCUUUUUCAUUCUAAACAGUAUUUGGUCUCAUCAGAUAUACUUUAUGUUUGGCUUCCUUUUCUUAGUCUUUAUAAUUCUCCUGAUUACCUGUUCAGAAGCUACAGUUUUGCUGUGUUAUUUUCAUUUAUGUGCUGAGGAUUAUCAUUGGUGGUGGAGAGCCUUUUUUACAAGCAGUUUUACAGCUGUCUAUUUUUUUAUGUAUGCCAUUUAUUACUUCUUUACCAAACUUCAAAUCACGGGCAUGGCAAGCACCGUUUUGUACUUUGGGUACACGAUGAUCAUGGUGUUGAUUUUCUUUCUCUUCACAGGGACAAUUGGAUUCUUUUCCUGCUUCUGGUUUGUUACUAAAAUCUACAGUGUCGUGAAAGUGGAUUAAAGAGUGUCUCCAAAGGCUUCCAGGCACAUCACCCUCGCUUUUGAAUGUCUACAUCUGUCUGAACAUCUGUGGAGAUAUAUGUAUGCUUCCAAUUACAUGUUUUAAAUAUAUAUCAAUUUAAAAUCUCA